AUGCAGCUCUGCCUCCCCUUGGUCCUCCUGAUGGUGCUGUCUGUGUGCACUGUGGCAGGGGACAGCGGAGAGGAGCUGCUACUCAGCGCUGAAGCCGGGCCCUGGGAAGGUGCUGUGUCCAGCAUUCAGAUCCACCUGCAGGAAGUGAAAAGGGGCAAGACAAGACAGUUCUUUGGGCUGAUGGGGAAGCGGGGAAGAGCUUCUCAGGAAGGACAAGUGGGCCAGGGCCCCCUGGGCAGAAGAGGACCACCUGCAAGAGAGUUCCCCUUAGGCCAAGAUGAAGAUCAAGGCUCAGAGUGA